CAGUUCCUCCUCCUGGCAUUUGCAGACACGCGUCAGCUGCAGCUCUUCAACUUCUGCCUCUUCCUGGGCAUCUACCUGGCUGCCCUCCUGGGCAAUGGCCUCAUCAUCACCGCCAUAGCCUGUGACCACCACCUCCACAGCCCCAUGUACUUCUUCCUCCUCAACCUCUCACUGCUUGACCUGGGCUCCAUCUCCACCACUGUCCCCAAAGCCAUGGCCAAUUCCCUCUGGGACACCAGGGCCAUCUCCUUUGCAGGAUGUGCUGCUCAGCUCUUUCUUUUUGUCUUUUUCAUUUCAGCAGAGUUUUAUCUUCUCACCGUCAUGUCCUAUGACCGCUACAUUGCCAUCUGCAAACCCCUGCACUACGGGUCCCUCCUGGGCAGCAGAGCUUGUGUCCACAUGGCAGCAGCUGCCUGGGGCAGUGGGUUGCUCAAUGCUGUGCUGCACACAGUCAAUACAUUUUCACUACCACUCUGCCAAGGCAAUGCCUUGGACCAGUUCUUCUGUGAAAUCCCACAGAUCCUCAAGCUCUCCUGCUCAGACUUGUACCUCAGGGAGGUUGGGUUUAUUGUGGUUAGUGUUUCUUUUGGUUUUGGGUGUUUUGUUUUCAUUGUGCUGUCCUAUGUGCAGAUCUUGAGGGCUGUGCUGAGGAUCCCCUCUGAGCAGGGACGGCACAAAGCCUUUUCCACGUGCCUCCCUCACCUGGCUGUGGUCUCCCUGUUCCUCAGCACUAUCAUGUUUGCCCACCUAAAGCCCCCCUCCAUCUCCUCCCCAUCCCUGGACCUGGUGGUGUCAUUUCUGUACUCGGUGGUUCCUCCACUACAUUCAUCUCAGCUGCCUUGGACAGGCUCAUUGCAAGUGCUCCUGACUGCUACGUCACCCUUGCCUGUGAUUCUGGAUUGUGACCUCAAAAGUGCCGGAGCAAUCAUGGAGGUUCUGUGGUCCUUGGAAAAAGCAGACAUCAAACCCCUCUUCAAGAAGGGCAGGGAUGAGGAUUGA